UGAGGAAAGUUCUAGGGAGGUGGGAGGGCCACCAGGUCACAGUAUUGGACCCCUCCCUGAAUGUCUGAAAGCCAGAUUGCCCUAGAGAAGGACAGGGACAAGAACCCAUCAUCCACAGCACUACCCUGGGAGGUUUUCCCCUAGCAAUCCCUGCAGACUCCGCGUCUGCCUCAGGCCGUGUGCUGUGAGGUUUGGUGGAUUCUCCAGGCUGGCCUGUACUUGUUGGAUAUCAGGAGCACCGUGUAGAAGCUCUUGUCAGGAGGACUGUGUACCUCAGGUCCCCGCCCCUGGUGAAAGAGUUCCCUUUCCAGCCUCCACCCCUGUCACAGCCCCUGUCACAGAUAACCCUUGCUGGUCAGUGGUGCAGUUCAGGUUCCUGUCCUGUGUCCUGUACUGGUGACUGCAGCUAGCUGGCCCAACCUCUCUGGGCUGUCUCCCCUUUUCAGGAUAUUCUCCUUGGAGCAGUGGGGUGUCUGAGCUCCGGUUCCCUGCCCAGGACGCAGGCAUGGCGAUGGCAGUAGCCCAGAAGUUCAGCCACCUGCUGUCCAGCCUGUGGCACAUGGGCCAGAAGCCCCUGCAGCCAGAGCCCGUGUUCACGGUGGACCGGGCUGAGGUGCCGCCUCUCUUCUGGAAGCCGUACAUCUACGCUGGCUACCGACCGCUGCAUCAGACCUGGUGUUUCUACUUCCGCACACUCUUCCAGCGGCACAACGAGGCUGUGAACGUGUGGACCCACCUGCUGGCGGCGCUGGCGCUGCUGCUGCGCCUGGUCAUGCUGGUGCGGAGUGCGGACUUCUGGGAAGACCCGCACGCCCGGCCCCUCUUCAUCAUCGUCCUGGCCUCCUUCACUUACCUCUCCUUCAGCGCCGUGGCGCACCUCCUGCAGGCCAAGUCGGAGUUUUGGCACUACAGCUUCUUCUUCCUGGACUACGUGGGCGUAGCCGUGUACCAGUUUGGCAGUGCCCUGGUUCACUUCUACUAUGCCAUCGAGCCCACCUGGCAUGCCCAGGUACAGGCCAUCUUUCUGCCCAUGGCUGCCUUCUUGGCCUGGCUUUCCUGUGCGGGCUCCUGCUACAACAAGUACAGCCAGAAACCAGGCAUGCUGGGCCGCAUUUUCCAGGAGGUGCCGUCAGCGCUGGCCUAUGCGCUGGACAUCAGCCCCGUGGUGCACCGCAUCAUAGUGUCCUCUCUCCCUGCCGAGGAGGACCCCGCACUUCUCUAUCACAAGUGCCAGGUGGUUUUCUUUCUUCUGGCCGCUGCGUUUUUCUCCACUGUCAUGCCCGAGAGUUGGUUCCCCGGCAGCUGCCACAUCUUUGGGCAGGGACACCAAGUUUUUCAUGUCUUUUUGGUGCUGUGCACACUGGCCCAGCUAGAGGCGGUGACGCUGGACUAUCAGGCCCGGAGGCCCAUCUAUGAGCCUCUGCAUGCCCGUUGGCCCCACAACUUCUCGGGCCUCUUCCUGCUCACCGCGGGGAGCAGCGUUCUCACAGCCCUGCUCCUCAGCCAGCUGGUGCGGCACAAACUCCAUCAGAAGACUAAGUGAAAAGCAGCGUGGGCGGGAGCUGGCAGGGCGAGAGAAGUCACUAGGGGCAGGAGCCUGGACUUGGCUCCAGAUGGGGACAAGGUCUGGUAAAGUUUUUCCUAUCUGGCAGGCCAUGACUCCCUGCCUACAAGCUCAAUGGCGAAGGUGGCGCUAGCCAGUCCUUGGAUCCGGAGAUUGACUGGUAUAGAGUCCCUGGCCAGUUCCCUGCCCUGGGAGUGGAAGAGAAAAAGGAGAAGAUCUUCCUGACUGUCCCUUCCUUGCCUCCUCUCACGGAUAACGGUUGGGGUUCAGCUUUGGUCAGCACUCUGGUUUGGGGUUUCCAGGUUGUUGGGUGGGAGAUGAAACUUUGUCCAGUGUCAGAUUUGAACCUAAAGGGAGGGACCACCUUCUAUUUACCACAUUUCGUUGGUGGAGGGGAAAGAAACAGGCCAAAAGAUGGGUAGCAUUUUAAUCUUCCCGUCCUCUGCACCCGAGCCUGGAUCCCUGGGCUCCAGAGAGUCUCCAAAGACAAAAGAUCCCCUCUGCUGCCCACAUCGGUUCAUCACAGCCCCAGCCUUAAGCCUCACAUCCAGCACUGGCCUGUGGGUCCUGUACGCUCUUUCCAGCUUCUCUCCCACAGUUCUCAGUUGGGAUUCCGAGUUCUGUCUCCUUAGCUCUGUUUCCCAGGACUCCAGGCUCUAGCGCCUUAAGGAGCUGUCAAAGGAAGCUCUGAAGCCAGGCUAACCAUAGUACUGCUUGGGGCAUUCAGAGUCCUGGGCUGGGGAGAGUGGGGAGUCUGCUCCCCGAGCUUAGACGGGCAUUCCAGGCAGAAGCGGACACCUGGGCCCAGACCCAGAGACGCAGAACAGGGGUUCAGUGGGGCUGGAGGUAAGGCUGGAGUCUGCCCUGAUAUGUUCUAGAUUCAAUAAAGCAACUACG